ACACACCAUUGAUCUUCAACCUCCACACGAGUCCUUAGAAGUAAUCACUAAGAAGACACCAUUAUAUUGAUCUCCAACCUCCACACAAGUGUUGAGAAUUUCGAGGCAAGGGCAGGUAGCCAUGUCUCCCACCCCCGCUGAUCGGGUCCUCCCCCGCGUCCUCAUCGUCUCCCGCCGCACCCUCCGCAAGAACAAGUUCGUCGACUUCGUCGGGGAGUACCACCUGGACCUGGUGGCGGGCUACGGCGCGGCGCCGGUCAUCGUGCCGCGGGUCGCCGGCGUGCACGCCAUGCUCGACUCCUUCGAGCCCAUCCACGGCGUGCUCCUCUGCGAGGGCGAGGACAUCGACCCCUCCCACUACGACGCCAGCGGUGAGGGCUCCGCCGACGCGCUCUCGCCGGAGCAGCUCGAGUCGGUGCGGCGCCUCCAUCCGAGCGACGCCGCGGUGGACCACGAGAAGGACUCCAUCGAGCUCCUCCUCGCGCGCCGCUGCCUCGACCGCAACGUCCCGUUCCUCGGCAUCUGCCGCGGCUCGCAGGUGCUCAACGUCGCCUGCGGGGGGUCCCUCUACCAGGACGUCGAGCACGAGCUCCACCAAUCGGCCGACGCCGCCGUCUGCCACAUGGACUACGCCAACUACGACGGCCACCGGCACCCGGUGCGCCUGCUCCCCGGCACGCCGCUCCACGACUGGUUCGCCGAGUCGCUGCUCGACGGCGGCGACCAGCUGAUGGUGAACAGCUACCACCACCAGGGCGCGCGGCGCCUGGCCAAGCGGUUCGUGCCGAUGGCGCUGGCGCCGGACGGGCUGGUCGAAGGGUUCUACGACCCCGACGCGUACAGCCCCGGCGAGGGCAGGUUCAUCAUGGGGCUGCAGUUCCACCCGGAGCGCAUGCGUAAGGAGGGCUCCGACGAGUUCGACUACCCCGGCUGCGCCAAGGUCUACCAGGAGUUCGUCCGCGCGGUGGUGGCAUACCAGGGGAAGCUGACCGCCGCGCACGUGCACGUCCGGAGCGCGGUCACCACGGCAGCGCCCAAACUGAACCAUGAGAUGGAGAAGCAGCGCAAGGUGAUCGUCCGGAGCGUGUCGCUCGCCAAGAACAUGUACACGUUCGGCAACAACACAGGCGAGCGGCAGCCGUCGGGGAACGGUGAGGACCUGGACGGCGGCGCGGAGGCGAUCCUGGAGUCGAACAGGGCGCUGAGCGUGCAGCAGGAGAAGCGGCUGAAGCAGAUGGGCGCGACGGUGCGGAACGCGUCGGGGUACAUGAACAGGCUCAAGGUGAGCGAGGAGCGGGAGGCGGCGGCGCGUGCGCUCAUGGGCAAGAUGUCGGUCGCCCAGCUCGCCAGCCUCGCCGCAUUCUACCGCGCCAUGGGCAACGCCUGCUCCGAGGUGCUCGACGCCAAGCUCCAGCCGCCGUCUCCAAGUCCAACCCUGCACGAGUGAAGCCGUGCUCUGUCUGUGAUCUGUGAACCUGGCCGGUAAUGCUUGCUCGGUUGAUCAUCAGAAAAUCCGAAUGUUGCAUGGCAUCACGAAUUAAUUAAACCCUGAUGUUGAUGUCAAUGUUAGUCCACAAGUGUUGGCUGACUUCGUUACUGUUUCCGCACGUGCGAUGCAUCUGCUCGAUGACUUUGCCGAGCUCCAUCGUGUGGAUGAUCAAAGACGAAGAGCAAGUAGAGCAGUAGUAGUACUUCGUUCCUAAUUGUUUGGAUGAUCCAUCGUGUGGAUGAUCAAAGACGAAGUGCAAUAGUGGUA